AUGACUGGUGACAGACAUGUAGGAAACACCGUCAAGAAUCAUUUCAUCGCUGCCACUGGAGAGUUUGUCGGCACCUUCUUCUUUCUCUUCUUCGCCUUUGCUUGCCAACUUAUGGCCUUUAAUCAAGCCCCGAACAAAGCACCCAAUGGCAGUGUCAGUUCCUCGACAGUCGUCUACAUAGCCCUAGGAUAUGGCAUGUCACUCUUGGUCGCAGUUUGGAUCCUUUUCAGAAUUAGUGGUGGUCUUUUCAACCCAGCAGUCACAUUCGGCAUGGUCCUUGCUGGUCAACUACCAUGGGUUAGAGGUCUGGUUCUUUUCCCUGCUCAAAUUCUCGGAGGCGUCGUCGCGGCUGCUUUGGUGAGCUGUAUGCUUCCGGGCGAUAUUGCGGCCACCCGUACUGUUCUGGCUCCUGGAAUGUCUCACGCACAAGGCCUCUUCUUCGAGAUGUUCUUGACAUCAUUCCUUGUCUUUACUGUUCUCAUGCUCGCGGCUGAGAAGUCCAAAACGACCUUCCUUGCUCCGAUUGGUAUUGGAUUGGCUCUUUUCGUUGCUGAGCUCGCAGGCGUCUACUAUACUGGAGGCAGUUUGAAUCCCGCACGCUCUUUUGGACCUUGUGUUGCUGCCGCGAACUUCAACGGAGGACAUUACGUUUAUUGGAUAGGUCCGCUUCUAGGUGGUGCACUCGCCGCUGGCUACUAUCGCUUCUGCAAAUUUUUCCGGUACGAGGAAGCUAACCCUGAUCAAGACCAUGCUGGUGCAGACGAGGUCGUCUAA